UGGGCAUCAAUUGGAAAUUCAGUGUGAGAGAAAUAAUUGAGAAUCAUGUCUUCUGCUGAGAAGAAAGCAUUGCCUCCUACUGCCGUGCAGAGUGAUGUAGCCAGGGUAUAUCUUGCCAACAGGCAGAAGAAGCAAGAUUCUACCUCGUAUCGAUGUCAGAAGUGUCUCCAGUUUGGUCAUUACACCUACGAGUGUACAGGAAAGCGAAAGUAUGCGUACAGACCGUCUAGAUCCAAACAGCUAACCAAGAAAGAGAAACUGGACCUAGAGCUUAAGAACAAACGGCCUGCCAAGAAAAUAAAUUCAAAAGAAAAGAAAAGGAGUCACAAGCGGAGGGUAAGCACCAGCACAGAGGAGAGCAGCAGUGAUUCAUCUUCUGAGGAGAGCAGUGGUUCUGGGUCCAGCUCUAGUGGGGAAGAGACUGGGUCCUCAAGCUCUGAUUCAUCAGAUAGCUAAAACUAAACUUUAAAUGCUCUUCUAACAUUUAUACUUGCCACCCAUUCUAUAUUAUGAUAUUACACUUUUCUUGUUCAUG